GAGGAUUUUGGGUUGUUAAUAAAAUUGAUUGUUUUGGCCUUUUGAAAUACCAAUGGAAAGGUCCCGUUUUGUUUAUUGAAUCUAGAACAUGAAGCCAUGGAGGUUCCCUGUGAGCAGAUAAGCAGGGUUCCUGCUUUCCUGCUCCCCACAAGCACUUACUUUCUGAAUCAAGUUCCUCAUUAAACCAUCCAAACUGGUUAAUCCAUAUAACUGCUCAUGCUGAUUAUUGCCACAACAUCCAAUCUUUUCUGUCCCUGAAUCCACUCAUUAAGGAAGAAGAUGUCUACUUAUCCAGCAGAAAAGUCUGAACCAGCAGUUUCUGGCAACAUGGUCUAUCUUAACUCCUCCUUGCUCAGCUCAUAUUCCAAACCAUUUACUGGGAACAGAGAUCCACAACCAAACUGCAUCACUGUUUAUGAUUCAGCUUCUUCUCAACUUGGUGAAAAUUCUUGCAGUUCUUGGAGGGAUGGGAGGCCAUUCAUGCAAGUUCAUGGCGGCGAUGAACUUGUUCGUGAUUCGGAUGAUCCCCAGAUUGAUCUUCAAGCACAAUUGUGCGUUUUGAAUGAACAAAAUUUCUCUUUUCAGCAGUCUCUGUCGAGUGGGCAGGUUCAAGGAUUGUCUCUUAGUUUAGGCGUGCAGAUUCCAGCUCCUUUUAAGUAUCAGCGUGCAGUUUCAGCUGUCUCUGUGUUGAACUCGGAUCUGUCAGAUCCAAGAGACGUUGAAAUUUAUGGAAAUGAGAACUUCAGAAGCACAAUUCUUAACUCGAAGUACAUUAAAGCUGCGCAGCAGUUACUGGAUGAAAUUGUUAGUCUUCAGAAGGCCUUAAAGCAGAAAGCUGACAGUACAAAGACUGUUAACAGUUCAGUUAUGGUUGUUUGCAAGGACAACAAUGGAGCUUCAGGGAUUGAUGGGAAUGCUUCUGAGCAUCAAGAACAUGGUGCUAAUUCUCUCAGUGAGUUAUUGCCUUCAGAGAAGCAGGAGAUUCAGAACAAAAUGACAAAACUCUUGGCUAUGUUGGAUGAGGUGGAUAGGAGAUACAAGCAAUACUUCAACGAAAUGCAAAUUGUUGAUUCAUCUUUUGAUGCAAUAGCAGGCUCCGGUGCUGCAAAACCUUACACCUCUCUUGCCCUUCAAACAAUCUCUCGCCAUUUUCGCAGCCUCAGAGACACCAUCGGCAGCCAAAUCAGAUCUUCGCGGAAGCUUCUGGGGGAGCAAGAUGGCUCCAAUGGAAGAGGAUGCGGAAUUUCUAGUCUUCGCAACAUUGAUCAACACAUAAGGCAGCAGAAGGUCAUGCAGCAGCUUGGUGUGAUGCCACAACAUGCUUGGAGGCCUCAGAGAGGGCUGCCUGAGAACUCUGUUUCCAUUUUACGAGCUUGGCUCUUCGAACACUUUCUUCAUCCCUACCCAAAUGAUUCUGAAAAACUGAUGUUAGCAAGACAAACUGGCUUGACAAGAAGUCAGAUUUCAAAUUGGUUCAUCAACGCCCGCGUUCGUCUUUGGAAGCCGAUGGUCGAGGAUAUCUACAAAGAAGAGUUUGGCGAGAACAACACAAAUUCAAAUUCUUCCUCCGAAAUGGCAGCUAUAUACAUAGAUGAACUCUGCAAGAAUGCACAGGAAAACCAACAAAGUUCUCCAAAUGAGAGAUGCCACACCAAUCAAUCAAGCCAACUGAACCAGAUAUCACAAUCUAAUGCCGCCACCGCCGCUCAAGUUCCCGGUUUUCAAACUGAGCCAAUGAAUCAAAGGCUCCUGACCUAUAUGGUGAAUGAGCUCGAAAUGUACAACAAUGGCGGCAGAGUGUCUCUCACGCUGGGUUUGCAGCAUUCAGAUGUGCAGGAAGGAUUUCUUUCUUCAAGGGGUGCGGAUGAGGAAAUGUAUAGUACAAGAACUUCAAUUGGUUUUGGUUCUUCUCAGUUACUGAAUUAUUUUGUGGCUUGAUUGCUUAUUGUUUCUGUGAUUUGUUGGCAGAUGAAGAGGAUUACAGUUUGUUCUGAUUUGUUGUAUUAUUUUUGCAUUUGUUAGUCAUAGAUGAUGGAAAGGUUAUAUUGUGAUGUGUGGGAUAUGUAUGAAACAUAGAAUGUUGUAAAAAGGUAAUAUGAAUAAAUCAUAGAUGAUUAUUUUUGUCUGAAAAGUGGUGA